UGGUGUCGAUUCCGAAAGGCUCCAGGAAGUUAAAUUCAACUAGGCUGGAGUUAGUCGUGACAUAUCAGAGAGAUAAACACGGACAGCAUGGCUUUAACACAAAUAGGCAUGGUCAACAAUCCCACUCUCCCAUACACUGGGAGUAUCCCAGGAGGUCUUUCACCCGGAAAGCAGAUCUUUAUCCAAGGGGUCCUCCCCAUGACUCAGGAAGGUUUUGCCCUGAACCUUCAAUGCAGUGCUCACACCUAUCCUAAGGUUGAGGUCGCUCUUCACUUCAAUCCUCGCUUUAAUCAGGGUGUCGUGGUACGAAACAGCCACCAGAAAGGCUGUUGGAAGAAAGAGGAGACGUAUGGCAACUUCCCAUUCCACCCCGGACAACCAUUUGAAAUUAUCAUUGCUGUGGAGACAAGCCAGUUUAAGAUUGCUGUCAGUGGACAACAUUUCACUGAGUUUCAGCACAGGAUGCCAGUCCACCAGGUGAACACCAUCAACAUUAGUGGAGGGGUGACUGUGUUUUGUAUCAGAUAUGAUGCCCCAGGUCCGGCCCUGCCAGCUAGUUAUCCUCAGAAUUUCCCUUAUGGACAACCCCCAAUGAUGCCACAGCCUCCUUUUGGGUUUGGACAGCCCCAAAUGGCCCCUCAUCCACAUGUUGGGUUUCAACAGACUCAGAACAGCACCGAAAUUUUGAACCCAUCGGUUCCCUAUAUGGGUGAUAUUCACGGAGGUUUGGCUGCAGGCAAAUCCAUUGACAUCCAAGGGUCACUGCCCCUAACACAGGAAACGUUUGUCAUAAAUCUACAAUGUGGCCGACAGGCAUACCCACAGCUGGAGGUAGCUCUCCACUUCAACCCACGGUUUGACCAAGGCUGUGUGGUACGCAACAGCCAUGAGGGCGGUUCCUGGAAGAAAGAGGAGAGGUUUGGGGUUUUCCCUUUUCAUCCUGGACAACCCUUCAGUGUGAAGAUCGUUGUGGAGGUGAACCAGUAUCAGAUCCAUGUGAAUGGGCAGCUCUUCACAGGGUUUCAGCAUAGGAUUCCUUUCCAUCGAGUCAACACUCUCAGCAUUUCAGGAGGCAUAACAAUCUCCAGUGUGCGGAUUAGCAGUUCAAGCAUGGCUACACAAAGCUCAACCUCACUUUCUCAGGAAACCAGAUCUAUUGGCAACUAUGUGUCAGUUCAUCAGCCAAUGAGUGCAGCAGGAUCAGGAUUUGGAACAGGAAUGGCGUACCCUUCAUCAGGAGUAGUGGCACCUAUGCAGCCUAUGUACAACCCACCUGUGCCAUUUGUAUCUGGGAUCCCAGGCGGCGCUCUUCCAGGAAAGAUGAUCUAUGUUAUGGGUAAUCUUGGCUCAAUGCCAAGCAGGUUUAAUGUGAACCUUCAGGAAGGAACUCUGGACUCCAGUGACGUUGCUUUCCACAUGGAUGUGAGAUUCCGCUUCGGGAAUGACGUGAAUGUCGUAGUGCGGAACCACAAAUCUCGAGGGACUUGGGGAUCAGAAGAGAGGGGCAUUCCAUUCUUCCCCUUCAGUGUUGGAGGUGCAUUUGACAUGAUCAUCCUGAUAGAACCUACCUGUAUAAAGGUUGCCAUCAACAACAAACACUUCCUGGAGUUUCAGCACCGCCUUCACCCUCCCGCACGCUACAGUACGCUGAAGAUUGACGGCGACAUCAGGCUGACACAAGUGAGGUUCCAGUGAGGAAAGCAGAUCUUUCCUUCAUUUCCACGUUAAUGAUUAGUGACUAACAGUUCAUGUGCCUGGCAACAUAGGACAUUCAUAUUCAAACUUAAGAGUAGUUUAAACUCAUUACAUGGUCAUUAAUAUCAUAUGCAGUCUUUUCCAAAAUUGCAUUUUAAAAAUUUUGAUAUUAAACUAAUCUUGCUAUAAAAUUAGGACAUUCAUCAUUAAACUUAGAGAAAGUGUUUUUUUCAAGGUCAUUA